GUGGCGAGUUGGUAUCGCCCACAACGCGUCUCGCUUGACCCACGUGUUAGCCGCUAAAAGCGGCAACUGAGUUCACCCUUAACGAUUUAUCUCCUAUCUCAUAAAACAAAUAAAGUCGCUAGGAUUACGGCGCCUUUCACGGCGGGUUGGUGGGUGAAGAUUCUGAAGGUUUUUGUGCGCCGGCAAAAAUAAAAUGUCGGUCCAGAAGGAGUUGCCGUGGCGUCGGCUUUCUUCGGUCGGCUUCAGCGUCUACAGCGCCCGGGAGAUCAGGGAGCUGAGCGUCAAGGAGGUGACCAGCCCCGUCGUGAUGGACGCUCUGGGCAACGCGGCCCCCGAUGGCCUCUACGAUUCAGCCAUGGGGCCCGCUCAGUCAAGGGACGUCUGCUCCACGUGCCGACUGGGAUACUCUCACUGCCCCGGCCACCUGGGCCACGUGGAGCUGCCCCUGCCCGUGUACAACCCCCUGUACUUUCACCUGCUGCACCAGCUGCUGCGAGGCAGUUGCCUGAGCUGCCACCACCUCACGUGCCCACGGGAUCAGCUGACCCUGCUGUUGGCACAGAUGUGUGCACUUGACUGUGGAGAGGUGGGAGUCACCUACGCCUUGGAAGACCUCCUGAAGCAGAGUCAGUCACUCAGUCAGUCGCUCGGUCACUCAGUCAGUCAGUCACUCAGUCAGUCAGUCAGUCAGUCACUCGGUCAGUCACUCAGUCAGUCGCUGGUACAGAUGUGUGCACUUGACUGUGGAGAGGUGGGAGUCACCUACGCCUUGGAAGACCUCCUGAAACAGAUGCUGAGUCACGACGAGGCUGUGCCUGAGGAGGAGGUCCGUAGGCGUCUCAACUCCCUCGUCAACUCCGUCACCUCAUCACCAUCCUCUAGCAAGCGCAGCAAGGCACAUGACGAGGUGAAGAAUGUGUGUGAGUGUCGCCUGACGCUCCUCACACGCUUCUGGAAGUGUCAAAUGAAGUCUCGGCCCUGCAGCCUCUGCAGGGCUGGUAAGUUCACCGUCAGAAAAGAACACCACAGCAAGUUGAUGGUCCGCUACCCUGGAGUGCGCUUGCAGCCUGCAAGGAGGAGCAAGUCCGUAACGUCUAAUCCUGCGAUGGAGACCAUCACUGAUGACAUUGCGGAUGAGAAAGGGCAACAGUUACUCACACCCAGCGCUGUGAGGGAGCAUGUGGUGAGGAUCUGGGAGAAUGAGGGUGGUGUGCUGCGUGUGCUGUUUGCCGGCGUUGAGGCGUCUCAGCCCAGCAAGGGUUGGGCCCCAGAAGUCUUCUUCCUGGACCUGUUGCCAGUUCCUCCUUGCAGGUUCCGCCCCAUUAACAAGAUGGGUGACAAGGUGUUCAUGAACGGGCAGACGGCAAAUCUGCAAGCGGUGAUCAAAGCGGCCUGCACCAUCACACGCAUCCUGUCGCUCACCGCUAGCAAGCCACACCUCACCAAUACACUCACCAGCGACGAGCGGACUGUCCCUGCCGCUGCCGCUGAUGAUGACGAUGAUGAUGCAGCUGAUCGCUCCUUCCUGGCUGCCAUCCCCGGCCUGGACCUCUCCUCCAAGCUGCACUCCGCAUGGGGCCGGCUGCAGCUGCUGGUCAACGUCGCCUUUGACAGCGAGCUAGAUCGUACACUCACAGACAAACACCCCGGUGUUAAACAGCUGCUCGAGAAGAAGGAGGGCUUGUUUAGGAAGCACAUGAUGGGCAAGCGAGUCGACUUUGCCGCUCGCUCCGUCAUCUGCCCGGACAUGUUCAUCAGCACGCACGAGAUCGGAGUGCCCAUGGUGUUUGCCCAGAAGCUGACGUACCCUGAACGUGUCACCCCGUGGAAUGUCGCCACCCUCCGUCGCUGCGUCCUCAACGGCCCGUUGGUCCACCCGGGCGCCGUGUCCGUCGUUUCGGAGGACGGGGCUCGCACAGAGCUCAGCGGCAGCGACGCGGCGCAGCGGCGAGCUGUGGCUCAGAGGCUGCUGACUCCGGCAGGGGCCGGUGGUGGUGGCGGUGGUGGUGGUGGUGGCGGUGGUGGUGGUGGUGGUACCAACAGUGCCAUGCUGAAUAAUUCAAGUAAAAUAGUCCUGCGUCACCUCCGCAACGGGGACGUGCUCCUGCUGAACCGGCAGCCGACCCUCUCUCCCACCCCAACCCUUGCCACCCCAACCCUUGCCACCCCAACCCUUGCCACCCCAACCCUCGUCCUGCGUCACCUCCGCAACGGGGACGUGCUCCUGCUGAACCGGCAGCCGACGCUGCACCGACCCUCCAUGCAGGCGCACGUGGCACGGGUGCUGCGGGGCGAGCGGGUCCUGCGUCUGCACUACGCCUCGUGCAAGGCCUACAACGCCGACUUCGACGGCGACGAGAUGAACGCCCACUUCCCCCAGAGCGAGGUGGCACGGGCUGAGGCGCUCGGGCUCGCCGCCACUCACACGCAGUACCUGGUGCCCAAGGACGGCACGCCCCUGGCAGGCCUCAUCCAGGACCACGUGGUUGCGGCGGCGGCCAUGACGCUCCGCGGGGCCUGCUUCACUCGCGAGCAGUACCACAGGCUGACUUACCUGGGCCUGCACGGGGAGACGCACAGGCUCAGGAUGUUACCGCCUGCCAUACGUAGGCCUCACGUCCUGUGGACGGGCAAGCAGCUGGUGUCCACCCUGCUGGUCAACUCACUGCCGCUGGGCGCUCCUCCGCUGAACCUGAAUGGAUCGGCCAAGGUGGGUGGCAGGGCCUGGCUUCGCCUCCCCGCCCGGAAGGUCAAGUCGCCUGGGUUCAACCCCGCACUCAUGUGUGAAUCACAGGUGAUUAUCCGUGGCGGUGAACUGCUCUGCGGCCUGCUGGACAAGGCCCAUAUGGGCAGCACAUCACUGGGACUUGUUCACUCUGUGCACGAACUCUACGGGGGAAACGCGAGCGGACGCCUCCUCACCAACCUGGCACGGCUCUUCACCGCCUACCUGCAGCUCUACCUGGGGUUCUCACUCGGGGUGGAGGAUAUUUUGGUGAAGGAGGCAGCUGAUGAGGAGCGCUUGAAGAUCAUCCACGCGUCUCACCACUGCGGUGACGCUGCUGUCCGCUCCGCGCUGAAUCUCGGUAGCGACGUGUCCCGUGAUACGCUGUCCCAGAUGCUUCAAGCCGCCCACCUGAGCGGCGAUCCGGGGGAACUCGCAGCCAUUGAUGGCGCUUACAAGAAGCAGACAGACGACUACAGCAACGACAUCAAUAAGGUGUGUAUGCCCUCCGGCCUGUGCCGUCAGUUCCCCGACAACAGCCUGCAGCUGAUGGUGCAGUCCGGGGCCAAAGGGUCCACGGUGAACACCAUGCAGAUCUCCUGCCUCCUGGGACAGAUUGACCUGGAAGGUCGCCGCCCUCCGCUGAUGCCCUCCGGCCGUUCCGUGCCGUCCUUCACGCCGUACGACCCCACAGCAAGGGCCGGAGGCUUUGUCUCUUCACGCUUCCUCACUGGCAUCGAGCCUCCGGAAUAUUUCUUUCACUGCAUGGCUGGGCGUGAGGGGCUGGUGGACACGGCGGUCAAAACCUCCAGGUCGGGGUACCUGCAGAGGUGCCUGAUCAAGCACCUCGAGGGCCUAGUGGUACAGUACGACCUCACUGUACGGGACAGCGAUGGCAGUGUAGUGCAGUUCCUCUACGGAGAGGAUGGCCAGGAUAUCUCUCGAUCACAGUUCCUCCACAAGGCUCAGUUUCCCUUCCUAGCACGCAACCACGAGGUUGUCGGCCUCUCGUGCGGCCUGCGCGAGGCCCUGUCCCGCACCGACGGGGCUCCACCGAGCGGCUCUGGCGAGCCCUGGCCAAGUGGAGGAGGCGCUUCGACCGGAGCCUUCGCAAGGCCUCGGGGUCGUUGCCGGGGUCGUUGCCGGGGUCGUUGCCGGGGUCGUUGCCGGGGUCGUUGCCGGGGUCGUUGCCGGGGUCGUUGCCGGGGUCGUUGCCGGGGGCGUCGCCACGUGGGGGUCGCCGUGGACCGUUCCUGCUGUUCUGUCGGACGAUGUCCGACGUUGUGCGGAAGGAGAUGGAGGCACGGGGAGGGGGAGGCGGAGGGAAGGAGGGGAGAGACUCCCUCGCCAUUGAG